UUCGUCACGAAUGCACGCGGUUUGAUCGAGGCCGGUCUGGCAAAGUCAAAUAUAUUUCGCCUCUUAUCGGAUAACGGAUGCAGAAUCAUCCUGUCGCCCAAGUACGCAAACGAAAUCCGUAGCCACCCCGCGCUGAGCUUUGGCAAGGCCGUGGCGAAAGAGUUCCACACCCAUAUCCCGGGAUUCGAGCCAUUUAAGCAAACUUCCUCAAGCGAGAAUAUUUUUCAGGAUGCAGUGCGGAUGAAGCUGACCCAGGCCCUUGGUGUGUACUGCCUCUGCAACUGGCAUCCCAUCCCCCUCAAGUCCAGCGUACUCAAGAUCGUGGCUCAGCUAUCUUCCAAAGUUUUCCUUGGCGACAAGAUCUGCCGCAAUCCAGACUGGCUACGAAUUACAGUGGAAUAUACGGUGGAUUCAUUCCGAGCGGCAGAGAUACUUAGGAUGUGGCCAAGGGUCUUGCGACCAGUCGUCGCUUGGUUCUCCGAGGAGUGUCGCAGGCUCAACAGUGAAUUGCAAGAAGCAAGAGAUAUAAUCGCACCGGUACUUGAAGAAAGAAGAAUGGAAAAAGAAGCGGCCCUCAGAGAUGGAAGGAAACCCCGACAUCACAUCGAUGCCAUGGAAUGGAUGGAAGAAAGUGCCAAGGGCCGUCCCUAUGAUCCGACCGUUGGGCAGUUGAUGUUUUCGGUCGCAGCAAUCCACACGACGUCUGACAUGCUAACACAGGCCCUAUAUGAUCUGUGUGGGCGCGAGGAAUUGAUUCAAGAGAUGAGGGAUGAAGUGAUUUCUGUCAUCUCAGCAGAGGGUUGGAAGAAGACUGCCCUUUAUAAGCUUCAGCUAAUGGACAGUAUGCUGAAGGAAUCGCAGCGACUCAAACCGAUCAGUAUCACAUCAAUGCGACGUCUGGCCUGCGAUAACAUUCAGCUGAGUGACGGAACAAAGAUCCCUAAGAAUUCAUAUCUGCUAGUGCCAAAUGAGAGAAUGUGGAACUCCGAAUUUUACCAGAACCCGGACACCUUUGACGCCCAUCGAUUUCUGAAUUUGCGCAAGGUUCCUGGCCACGAGACCUCUGCUCAGUUGGUGGCACCGUCGCCAGAGCACAUGGGAUUUGGAUUGGGGAAGCAUGCGUGCCCCGGUCGAUUCUUUGCUGCAAACGAGGCCAAGGUUGCUCUGUGCCAUAUUCUGCUCAAGUACGAUUUGAAGGCCGCCGAUGGUCCGGCUCCUCAGAUUAGGAAGUAUGGUCUUUCUAUGAAUGCUGAUCCGAUGGCCAAGGUCAUGAUUCGAAGGAGGAAGGAGGAAAUUGUGCUUGAGGAAAUUGCAGCCUGA